ACGCAAAAAAUAACGGUAAACAAAAGAAAGUCAUAAAAAGAUAUGAGAACAGCCUUCACACAAGUUUUUUGACACGCAGCGCCAACGCUUUAGUUUUCGGCGACUUUUAGCUGUCGUUUUGUUUCUGUUAGUCAUACAACGGCGUGUGGGCGGCGCACCGCGAUAAGCAGCUUGGUGGAGAUAAGCGCUGAUAUGAUAUGAAGGCGUGUGAACUAUGAGAGAGAGAGUAUAAAAAGUGAAGAUCUCGAACAAAGUGUUAUCAUUCACUUCGUAUACAACAAACAAACUACUUAUUUGUAAACAAUGCGCACCACUUGGACGCUCCUGAUAUUCAGCUUGUGGCUCAACCACUACGCCAGGAAUGCGACGCCAGUCAGUGGCACGGAUGUUGAGCAACCCACAGACGUGCCUUCAAUUGGCGACACCAACGCAACCAAACCCGUUGUUUCUGGCGACGGCGAUGAUGACGAGGACGACUGGUUCAACUAUGAUGGACGCAUCAUUGGCGGCCUGCCCACAUCCAUACGGAAUUUUCCCUACCAGGUGUCGCUGCAGUACCGUGGCCAGCAUAUUUGUGGCGGCGCCAUAGUGCGACCGAACGUUGUCAUCACCGCGGCACAUUGCGUUGACCCGUCGAUGAAGGUGAGUGCAUUUAAGGUGCGCGCCGGCUCCUCGCAACACGCUUAUGGCGGUCAAUUGCGUGCGGUGCAGCGUAUACUCCGUCAUGAGGGUUACUCUUCGACCACGUAUAAUCUGGAUGUGGCGCUGUUGCAACUCCAACGCGAACUUGUUUAUACAGAAAUGGUGCAACCCGUCGAAUUGGCGACGCAAAGUGCUGUGUUGUCGGCGCAAGCGAAGCUCUUCGUUAGCGGUUGGGGUCUCACCAGCGAGACGGGCUAUGUGUCAGCGAUGUUGAAUUACGUGGAUGUACAAUUGAUCGGGCAGGAGACUUGUGCACAGAAUUAUAAGUACGUGGUGCCGAUAACGACGGAAAUGUUCUGUGCCGGCUAUAGUAAUGGUGGUAAGGACUCGUGUCAGGGUGAUUCGGGUGGUCCGUUAGUCACUUACACUCGCAAGGUGCCCACACUGUACGGUAUUGUUUCGUGGGGUGUCGGCUGUGCACAAAAGGAAUAUCCGGGCGUCUAUGCGAAGGUGUCCGCGUUGAGACCGUGGAUUGAUGCGCAGCUGGCAGACAUUGAUAAACGUAACGGAAAAGUGUAUUGAGGGAGUUUAAUUUGAAUUAUACAU